AAGAAGAAUCUCAGUUGACUGACCGAAAAGACUGCAAUCAAUCUGGAGAUCUGUGACCGCUUCGUAUUUCAGGCCGAUCCGGAUCUGCAUAAGCGUAAGCAGCGACCGCCGUUCAUUUGUAAGCCCCUACCUGAGAAGCUGCGACCACCGCGACGAGCGUCCGGAGUUAAUAACGCAGGGAAAAGGAAGUCACGCGAUUGAGGUAAUGAGGAUGAUGAAACGACGCGGCUGAUACACCUAAAGCGUUAAUACGUCUCAAACGAGCGGGCUGCUCGGUGAGCCAACAGCAACGACUGAAGCAUGGCUGACGAAGGAUCUGACAUAUCUAAAAGGGACGAUACCCCGGCCGACAGCAAUGCCGACGACAAAGUGCCAGAUGAAACCGAAUGCGACGACAUCGAAAAAACUCCAAUCACGACAACCACCACGAAGAACGCUUUAAUAACGACGCAGCUUGGGCCAUGUGAAACCUAUCCGCAUCCUAUCAAAAUUUCGAUCGUGGGUACAAGAAAAGUUGGAAUGGCUUGCGCUAUUGCAAUUUUAAUGAGACGUAUAGCAAGUGAGAUUUGCCUGAUCGAUCAAAAUUUGGACAAGGCUUCUGCCGAGGCUGAAGAUAUUCAGCAAGCUGGUAUCUUUCUGGGAUGUCCGUUGGUGACUGGCACAUCAGAUAUCUACAAGGUAAAAGACUCGACAAUAGUAAUAAUCGCGGUUUGCGAAAAAAGACCCGAUGAGGAAUUGAAUGUGAAGCGCAACAUCGAGGUGUUCAAGAAGAUCGUCCCUACAAUCACAAAGUUGGCCUCCAAGGCGGUGUUACUAGUUGUAACUCAACCGAUCGACGUAAUGUCGUACAUCACUUGGAAGUUGUCCAAGUUUCCCUCAAGCAGAGUACUUGGCACGGGGACUCUUCUCGAUACCUGCAGGUUUCAGGAUUUACUGAGUCGGAAGUUGGGACUGGCGCGCACAUCGAUCAGCUGCAUGAGUAUCGGCGCGCAAGGCGACAUAUCUGUUCCCAUAUGGUCGAGUGUUCAUGUGGCGGGUACGAAGUUACGCGACAUAAACCCACGAAUGGGUGAGGCGGAUGAUCCCGAGAAGUGGCGUGACAUUUCCGAAGCUGUAAAUAAAACCGACACGGAGCUUAAUCGGAAGAAGGGCGAAAGAGGGCCGAGCUGUUGGUCUCUUGGCUUCUGCACCGCUGAGAUCGUCGACGCUAUCGUCAGGAACACUAAGGCCGUAUUGCCAGUGUCGACGUACAUACACAGUUGCGUCCACGGAACCGAUAAAGAUGUGUAUAUGUCGGUACCGUGUGUUCUCGGCCGAGAGGGUGUGUGCGCCACCGUGCGACAAAAGCUGAGCGAUCAGGAGAGGACGGCGGUACAACAGUGCGCCGACAGCAUCCGCGGUGUGCUGCGUGAGUGCGGCAUUCUUCGCGAGUCGAGCGACAUUGAAGAGUGACGAUCGGACGGUGGACCGAGGAAAGGAGGAAAACGAGAAACGUAGAAGACCUGCGAACGGAUACGCGGUGCGGAAAUGGCGAAUAGGAAGAGGAAGGGAGCAACGGGGCGACGAUCCUAGAAUGCAUCUUCAUCAAUAAAGGCGAUGCUGCACCUGGCAACCGGUUUCGCGGCAUGCGUACAUUGGAUCGCCGUAAUAAACGAUAUAUGAGUGAAACGCGACUUCCUGGAAAAUUAAACCUGCCGCGUUCUCCUAAGAUUACCUGCGAACGGUACAUGCAACUCGCGCCACAAUGUUGCACGCGUGCGGAGCUUAUUAUCGUUUCUUUUUUGCUCGAUCGAAUUUUGAUUUACGCAGCCGAACGAUGUACAGCGGAAAGGUGAAAGGGUGGAUGAAAAUGUAUUCUCCGUUGCACAUGCGAGGCGAGCAUAUGGUGGAGUAUUGCGGCUAAAGGAGAUUGGAUAAUUUAAACUACAACUUUUUUUUACAUCAGCUUUAGGUCUUGUUGUGCAGUAAAGUUAUUGUUGUUAUUACAUAGAUAUGUAUAUAUAUUUUUUUUAAUAGCGAAAAUUUAAUGGUUAUUGUAAUGAAACAGUACGUCUUUGUAAUAAGAAAAAAAAAUAGCAAGCUGAAUUAGUAAGGCCUAUAAGGAUAGAAUAAAAGAGUCGAUUCCUAAGAAUCCCUUCUCGAUCCCUUCUCGAAUAUCCUGUAAAACACAAAUUAGCAGUAUCUCUUCAGAAACGCGGCGCAUCCCACCUGUGCGGUUUCGCAGCAGCUGUCGAUCAAUUUUACAACCUUCUAUCCCUAGAAAAACGAAAACUAUAGAAACGUUCGAUGCGUCGUCCAAUUGGCGAUUCGUCUCUGCAUCUGCCGCGUGCGUUUACCUUUUUUUUUGUAUAACGAGCAUUCUUUCCAUUCUAUAAUUGAUUCUGUACGGCGCGAUUGAAUUUAUCGAUAGCAUCUUUUCGUCCGUGAUCGAACGUGUUAAUCGAAUUGUGUAUCUCCUGCUACAAGAUAACUCGAGGUACACAUCUGGUACAUAUAGUACAUUAUGCGCGUACGAGAUAUACGUCGAACACGAGAGGCGAAGAGAGUUCUUUCACGUUCAAUCAUACGGAAUCAGUACAAUCAUCUUAUUGCGCGUCCUAUUUUACGUAGUCGUCCAAAAUUGACAAUAAAUCUACUUGUUACAAUAAA